GUUCGCGUUCUGGUUUGAUGUUUCAGUUCCGUCCCCUGAGUUUGGUUUCCCAACUUGAACCUCGAAUCCAGGCACAUAGGCAAUGACAGCUCGGUGAAUGUGACUCAGCUCAUCCCACCUCGCGCUAAUCGGGUCUGUCCUUCCAUCGUAUCCAAGAUCUAGGUCUGCCUGCCCGGACACUCCGAGACCACGGAGCUCGGUACAUGAUUGCCCUUGCAAGUGUCAGUCGAAGCUCAGCCACAAAGCUGGCCAUUAGUUUCUUCUUUUCCAUCGUGUUGCCGCCGGGACCUGAACGGACGGAAUGCACAUCCAGUAGAAAGGCAGAAAGCAGCCCGUCAAAGUCCGACCAGGUGGCAGUGACAUCAGCCGCCCAGCGUACCUCUAACCAAGGCGUUUUCAUUGCCACUCACUACCAGUCCACUCGAACAGAAAAAGCGGCGGCUACGGCCAUUGAGCCGGCCGCAGUCAUGGAAGGAAGGAACACAGCCGCCGUAUUGUCGCCAAGGCAGACUGGCCGCCUUCCGGGGCCGGGAAACAGGCUAGAAGGAAUUGGACAUCCUCAAGGUUCACUUGCCGUUGAAGGACGGACUCAAAAACGAUUCUAUGAUCAUCAUGGUCUUCCUCCUGGCAGAUGUUUGCCUCCUUCCUUUGUUAUCGCUUCCCUUGCUUUCCCGCUCAAAGGCGAGCGGGACCGGAAUUCCGGCAAGGGAGGACAUCGGACCGCUUCGGAAGGGAAGUUUUUGGGACACUCACUUCCACUUUCUUUUGCAGUGUCCGUGGCCCCACGCCCGGAUGUGAUGUCCCGUUGAUGUCAACCACACACCAGGCCGUGAGAAGGACAAGAUUGAGUGAGCCUUCCGUGAUCUGUCUUCGAAAGGAGCGAUUGUAGUACCUCGAGUAUCAGUUACAACCGGUACAUGAUGCAACUGCCUAUCGACAGGCAUGAAUGUGGUUCACCCGUCGUGAUGUCCACACCGGGU